GAAAAAAACUUUCCUUCUCUCCUCGAUAACGCGAUCUGAUAUCGAGAGCUUUGGUCCAACGUCUCCUCUGCCGCCCUCUCAGUUUCUCGCGAGCAACCAAUAAAGCUUGGCCGAGGAGGGAGAGAGACGUCAGUCAGAUGCUAUUCUGGUCACCUUCUACCAUCGUUGGUGACGUCCUCCUUCUAGAUAGAGGUUCAUAAACUGAACCAAUGUCCAAAUCGCUCGAACCAAAUUAAACCCCUACGACUGAAACUAACGAAGAUGUCGGUCUUAUCCUGCGGCUCUCCUGCUUUUCGGGCGCACCCGGCGAAAGCUUCUAUGCCUACUGUUAAAGUUCGUUCAAGCUCUCAACUUUCUUUCGACCACAAUGACAACCCAUUUGUUCCAGAGGUUGCAAAAGCCCUAGAUUCCUUGUAUUCAGAAUUCAGAUCUGUGGAUUAUUUGGUGGCAUGCAAUACCUCCCGUGUUAUUAAAGCUUUCCAGAAUGUUCGAGUUGGAUCUCAUCACUUUAGUGGAUCUACUGGCUAUGGCCAUGAUGAAGCUGGGGGACGUGAAGCACUUGACCAGGCUUUUGCAGAAAUUGUUGGAGCCGAAGCUGCAAUAGUUCGCUCACAGUUUUUCUCAGGAACCCAUGCUAUCACUUGUGCUUUGUUUGCUUUCUUGAGGCCAGGGGAUGAGCUCUUGGCAGUUGCUGGUGCUCCUUAUGACACCUUAGAGGAAGUUAUUGGAAAGAGGGACUGUCAUGGACUAGGUUCCCUGAAAGAUUUUGGAGUGGAGUACCGAGAAGUUCCACUUACUGCAGAUGGUGGACUUGACUGGGAUGCUCUUAAGAGUGCUUUGAAACCUCAUACAAAAUGUGCACUCAUACAGAGGUCAUGUGGUUAUUCUUGGCGUCGAAGUUUAAGUGUGAAUGAGAUAGGGAAGGCUAUAAAGAUGAUCAAGAUGCAGAAUCCUGACUGCUUUGUCAUGGUGGAUAAUUGCUAUGGUGAAUUUGUUGAAAAAAUUGAACCUCUGAUGGUGGGUGCAGAUCUGAUUGCAGGAAGUUUGAUUAAAAAUCCUGGUGGAACCAUUGCACCAUGUGGGGGAUAUGUUGCUGGGAGGAAAAAAUGGGUGGAAGCAGCAGCAGCUCGUCUCUCUGCACCAGGGCUUGGGAUAGAUUGUGGGUCAACUCCUGGUGAUAUUAUGCGAACUUAUUUCCAAGGGCUGUUCCUCGCACCUCAAAUGGUUGGUGAGGCAAUCAAGGGAACAUUUCUGAUAGCUGAAGUCAUGGCCUCUAAAGGUUAUAAGGUACAGCCGCUACCUCGUGUAACCCGUCAUGAUGUUGUACAGGCAGUACAGCUUGGAAGCCGUGAACGUCUAAUUGCUUUCUGUGAGGCCGUGCAGAGAAGCUCACCAGUAGGCUCAUUCACUAAACCAGUUGCUGGUUCAACUCCUGGAUAUGCCUCAGAGGUAAUCUUUGCUGAUGGAACUUUCAUUGAUGGAAGUACAAGUGAAUUGUCAUGUGAUGGGCCGCUAAGGGAGCCAUUUGCCGUGUUCUGCCAGGGUGGCACUCAUUGGACUCAGUGGGGCCUAGUUCUAGGAGAGGUUUUGAAAUGCAUUUGAACAAGUGAUCAAAUUCUACAGAUAUCUUUGUUUGGGUUUCUUAAUCGCUACAUAGUGGUGGCAGGAAAUGAUGAGUUCUGGGUCCUCCAUAGAAAGGCAUAUGCCAACAUUUUUCAUUGAGAAAGUCUUACAGAAGUAAACAAAUACUGUGACAUGGAUUCAAAUGACAAACUUCAGAGUAGACUUGUCCCAUCGAAUUUUGACCUUUUGAUGAAAAUCCAGAAGUUGCAGUCGACCAACUUGUAAAUUAGUCCUGAUUUUGUCCAAUUUGAUAAUUCACCAUUAAUUUCUUUUAUUUAAUGUAGGUUUUGUUUAUGAAUUAUGAUGAUUACAAGGUGAGAUCAUUCAUUUUAAAGUAUAGUUUUAAAAAUUAUUUUUCA